UUUCAGACACUUUUGAAUGCAAAUUGAUAUUUUCGUCAAAAAAUAAAAAAAAAAAUUGUUAAAAAGUCUCAGAGAAUUAAUUUGCCACUAACAUUUAUCUCUUUCUUUGUUACACAGCAUAUCGUUGUAAUUAAGUGAACAGGUCAACAACUAAAUCAUCUGGGCAUCAUACAAUUGCAUGGUCUUUCCCUAGCUGAAGAGUCGUUAUAUCAACAACAACAAUCAUCCAUUUUUAAAGGUAUAAGUUUUACGAACUCCUUUGGUGAAAUGGUGCGACAACGGCCACGAAAAUCUGUCGAAGAACUGUAUGCGUCAAAAUUUGAAACAAACACAAAUAAAUCUCAAGCCAACAAUAACAUGCCAAAGAAUCUACGCGAUCGCGGAGAUUAUGGAGGAUACAUUAUCACUUCCAAUACUCCAUACAAUACCAGCUGUCAAGCACCAUCUGGCAAUUCGUCAGCUGUCAAUGGUAACGGCAAUACAAUGGGAGUUAGCAGCAUGGCGACAGGUCGGCGCAAAAGUGCCCGUCCGGGACCUAAUAGUAUUAAACAAGACAAAUAUUUUGGCAAGGACGAGAAAGUGCUGAAUCUGGAUGAUAGCAAAAAAGAACAUAGCAGCAGUAAUAAAGCUAAGACUGCCCGUACAGAAAAAAACAACUAUGGCCCACCAUCGGCUAUAUACAAUGCGCCUAAUCUAUACGAUAAUAAGAACUACUCGAGCUUUGCGGAUAGUAACGCGCAAAAAGACCUACGCGUGCAGGAGCAUACUAAUCACCAUCGCCACCAUCACGUCAACCAUGAUGACGAUAAAGAUGAUGAUACCGAAGAGUUUUUUGAACUCAUUCGUCAAACUGUUGAAAGUGCUAUCGGGAAAUCGAUCUCUGAUUUACUCAAUCGUAACUUUCGAGAAUUAUCAGCAAAAGUCGAUCGUUUUUCAGCCGAACUUAAGUCCACGAAUUCAAUGCUAAAUAAACUACAGGCUGAUUUAAAUAACAAGGUUGUACACUAUGGGGAGGAGAAUUCACGCCACUUCCGUUACCUCUGCAUGAAAUCAGAGUAUGACAAAAUGUUUUACCAACAUCAUACUAUGUUGGCAUCUACUUCAAACACCCAAUCAAGUACCGCACCAACAGCACCAUCUAAUCACCCUGAGAAGCGUGGUAGCGGGUCGAAACAAAGUACAUCGAUCAAUGAAUGUGAAAAGGGGCAAAACUCGUGUUCAUGUCGUAGCACCAUUAAAACACCACCUUCCGAACCACACAAAACCUCUUCAGAGGAGCGCAGCAUGAGUCAAAAGUCAUCUGAGAUGGGAAUGCGUGAGGUUUUAGAGCAUAUUCAACGCUUUUGCACACAAAUACAAAUGAGUGAACUAAAAUGUGAUGAUCAACCAUUACCCAAAAGUAACAGUUAUCGCUUGGAAGACGCUAUGAAAAUUAGCAAGCCCGUUUUCGAAGAGGAUGAUGAUGAUUUUCAAAUGAGCUCCGAUGGCAUGACACCUCGCAGCGAUGAACACGUGCACCACAAUAAAUAUGGAGGUACAACAAUGCGUAGUUGCAGCACUACACGAGGUGGAAACGGAGGUGGAGAUGCUUAAUAAGGAAUAGAGAGAAGAAAAUUAUGAUAAAAUACACAUAAAAUUGUAUGUGAAUAGUGAAUACUAUGGCACAGGUGAUCGUUAAAAAUCACUAAAUAAUAGGAUUUCAAAUGUAUGUUACUCGAAUUCUAAAUUGUGAUCGUUCUCGAUUAUUUAUUUCUCAAAUAAUUAAAAAAAAAAUUGCAUCAUACAUAUAUAUAUCUAUAUUUCAUAUUAUAUUCUUGAUACCUCCUAUUCUAAAUGGAAUAAACUAAAAUUUUACUUUAUUUUGA